GAUUGGGAAGAAACACCCGGAUUAAAAACUGGUAGGUUGAGUUCAGUCAAAGCGCGUAAGAACAUGCAUGCGACUGCGCAACGGAGAGCUGCCUUUUCCAACAGGUGUCUCUAAGAAUGUUCUUCUCUCAGAGCAUUUUCACCUAAUUUCGCACCGAACGUGAGAGGAAUCAUGGAAACACUUAGUUUUUUCUCAACAUGCCGUAGGUCCUAAAAGAAAACGUAAACAGCCUAAACUGGAGUAAAACUUCUGUGCGCUCCUAUGAGGAUUUACGCAUGAGGAAACGUUCACUUUUAUGGAUAUAAUCCAUAAACAUUUUAUUGAUUAAGUCGUUUAAUUUUUGUUGUCGUCAAAUGAAUUAUACAUGUCAGAUGUUGACUGUGAACGCAGAGUGAUUUCGUUUUUUCUGCGCUGGAUCUCCACCAUCUGAUCAUCUUAUAGCCUAUGGGAGUCUCCUGUUCUUCAACAUCUCCUGACUGAUAUCUAAUCGACUGGAUUGACUGGGAAUACAACUACCUCUGGAGAUGGACACUGUUUUGCUAUAGCCUAUUAAUAAUGAUCAUCGCACUGAUAUCGCCAAACUGAUAACUUGGGCUCAGCUGAAAGUCUGAACUGGUGGACGAUGAAGACAGUUUCAUAUAUUCUUGCGGCGUUGAUCAUCUGGAACUCAGCAGCCUGUGUAAGUGGAAAACAAGAACAUUUUCUAGAGCCCCCUGAGUCCCCCUGGUCUCAGCAGUCUUUGGCAGAGGAGGAAACGCGGUUACCCUGUCGAUUCAAUGUAUCGAACAGUGAGAUUAAGGUGGUGCAGGUGAUAUGGAGUCAAAAGAAUUCAAAUGGAGGUGAAGAACAAAUUAUCACUGCUCAUUUCAGUGAAGGCCAGACAGAAAACCCUAAAUACUCUGGGCGUGUUCGGUUUGCGACCAGCGACCCAAUAAGAGACUCUGCUCUGAUUAUCAUGGGCACACGUUCUGCAGACGAGGGCAGAUACAUCUGCAAAGUCGCCACCUUCCCGGCUGGAAACUUUGAGACAGAGAUUUUUAUCUCAGUGUGGACCAAACCCAUUACCUCCCUGCAGUCAUUCGACCUGGUUGAGGGCCAGUCGUUCCGUCCGGCCGCUAUAUGCCGUUCGGUGGCUAAGCCAAUGGCAGGACUCUCCUGGGACACGGAGCUCGCGGGUCAGAGCCAGAACCGCAGCUCAGAUGGUGAGGUGGCCUCUAUCCAGUUUUCUCUCCACCCUCUCCGUAACAUGAACGGCCAGAAGCUGGACUGUCUGGUCUGGCAUCCAUCGCAAAAAGGCCCAGUGAGGAUUUCCAAUAAGCUUGUAGUACACUACCCUCCGAAUGCAGUGGUAUCUGGCUACGAGAACAGCUGGCAUGCUGAUAUGCAAGGAGCCGCGCUGCAGUGCAGCGGACAUGGAAAUCCAGAACCUCAGCAAUUCAACUGGACGAGAAAAGGUGAAGCUCUACCUGAGGGUGUGACUCUGGAAGGUGGCACGCUGCGCUUUUCCAGGCCCCUGAGCUUGACAGAUCAAGGAGUUUAUGUCUGCACCACCACCAAUACGGUGGGAUCUGGAAAAGCUGAGAUUGUUGUAAAUAUAUCAGAGUCGACUGUGGGUCAGGCAUCAGUGAACUACAUGAUGAUGAUUAUUCUUGCUGGUGCUGCUGCAGUGAUUGUUCUUACUCUUAUUAUAGUGAUAAUUACAGUAAACCGCUACUAUAAACGCAAAAAUCAACAACUGGCUAUAGAGCUGGAUGCAAAAAAGGAGGAAAUCAGCACUCUAUCAAGACAAGCCUCAUUUAGGAGAGUCAACUCAGGAAGCACAGACCACAGAUACUCGGACGACAAUAAUCCUUUAAGAGUCGAAGGGACGAUACGCACGAGUCUGUCCUCACUGGAUCGUCCUCGCUCCAGGGAUAGUCGGUCCACGCUGGGAGGGGUGGACUCACUCGGUCGCCCUGCAAUUUAUAACACGUCCAGAAGAGGUCGAGACAAACUCAUGGACAGAACUGAAAGAGAAGCCACUCGGUUGAUGAUGGAGUCUUACGAGCAGGACAGUAACGUGUCACAGGAAACCCAACUUCUCCCUCCUCUUCACCCCUCUUCUUAUUCAAUGGAACAGGCUGUUGAAAUUAUCCGGUCUCGGAACGGCAGCGCCAUUAUCCCAGCAGAGGGGAGGCCGCAGUCGGGAGGAAGCAGCAGAGGAGGCAGCAGAGGGCAUAAUUCGCCCUUGGUAGCCACGUACCCGACUCUUACAGAUGAGGAGGAAGAAGAUUCUGUUAGCCCUACGGAUUCAGGAGUCCACAGAGGUUUAAUGGAGCCUGACGGUUUUGAAAAUGGCGGCAGCGAGACGGCGAGUUCUCAGAUAUCUGAGGCGCUAUCCAGUCAUUUUGAGCGCACUAACGGCACGCUGCGGCCCAAGUCGAAACCCAACAACAUCCUGCUCCCGGCCAACACACUUUUCCUCACGCCGCAUAGCCCGACCAUCCACAAAGCUCAGAUCGUUUAGAGUGUUUGUUUGGCAACGUCUUUAAGCCAUAUAAGCACAGUUGAUUUUACAACAGAUGGAUGUGUUUCUCUGUAAUCUCACUCUCCACACAUAAAUGGAUCUUUUGUUUGAGCUUUUAUAUGAAUACUUUCUCAAGGUGGCAAAACCAUGGACCGAAUGGCCACCAUCUAAACUCAAACCUGCAAAACAAUACCAGCAUUACUCAAACAGUCCCUCAAGUAAUUGCAUAAUCCACAGUGUAUUCUGGAACUGGGACGCUUGAGUAUUAUGGGUCACGACAUGUGUUUCAAAUACAGAUUAACUGGAAACAGUGAGUUGAGCUCCUCUGUGUGACCAGAAAAUGGAUUUAAGAUUUUUUUUUUUUUUUUUUUUUUUUUUACCUAAGGCUUCACUUGAAUUACUGUUGAGGGAGAAAAUACUACAUGAACUGUAUUUCCGGUCAGUUAAUCCUUCACUGUGACUUUUUGACCUUGAUGUCUUGAUGUACUCCAGAUAUGUACAAACGGUGUUUUGACAUAAUUUUUGAAUAUAUAUGUGUGUAUUGUG